GGCUGCCGAACUGGGGAGGGAUGCUGCGUUCGGCGGUAGCGGUGGCGGCCUUGGCCCCGUCGGGCCUGCCAGGGCGCCCGUUGCUGCUGGCGGCUCUGAGCCUGUCGCCUGGGAAGCGGCUCUCUUCGCGAGGCCCGGCGGGUCAGAACGAACAGCGCCGUGGCCCGGCAAAAGCCCGCUUCCCUCUGCCGAUCCCCGAGGUGGCCGAAACGGCCCGCUUGGUCGCGGAGAAGACGCGGGCCCCGCCACCCCUGCGAAGGUUCAUCGCCUGCCCCGACCUCGCACAUGCCGUGGCCUCCAGUCUGCAAAGCGGGAGGGGCUCCGAGGGGCAGGAGACGGUGGUGCUGGAAUGCGAGCCAGGUCCUGGAGUCUUAACCCGAACAUUACUCAAUGCUGGUGCCCAUGUCAUAGCUCUGGAGAGUAAUAAGUCAUUUGUUCCUGACUUAGAGUCUCUGAAGGAAAAAUCAGAUGGCCAGCUAGAAGUGGUGCAUUGUGACUUUUUCAGAUUGGACCCUAUGGGUAUUGGAUCCUUGAAGCCACCUUUUAUGUAUUCUGAAAGACUUUUUGAGAAUUUGGGCAUCUUAACAGUUCCUUGGACAGCAGAUGUUCCUCUAAAAGUGAUUGGAAUUGUGCCACAAAGAAAGGAAAGGAACCUGAUUUGGAAGCUUCUCUAUGCCUUAUAUGAACGCAGUUCUAUAUAUAAAUAUGGAAGAACAGAACUGAACCUCUUUGUCAGUGAAAAAGAAUACAAGACUCUUGUUGCAAAGCCUGGGGAAACAAGAAUCUAUCAAGCACUAAGUGUACUAUGGCAAACAGCCUGUGACAUUCAGCUUCUGCGUAUGGAACCUUGGCCUUCAUUUUUGACUAAUUCAAAAAAUGGUGGACUCUCUAUACCAAAGAGUGUGCUGCUGCAGAAUGACCACUUAUGCUUAAUACGGCUGACGCCGCGGAAGAAUUUGUUUACAGACAGCUUGACAACUAGUAAUUCAAGAAUAUUUGUUGUGAUGGUGAAACAAUGCCUUGCUAAAAGCAAGACUAAACUAAUAGAUAAAUUAAAUUUAUGGAGUUCCCAAAGUGGGAAGGAAUUGUUGAGACAGUUGGAGAUACCAGAAAAUAUUACAACGGGUAGUCUAUAUCCAGAGCAGUACAAAAGCCUUUUUGAGAUUAUGGAACAAGCUAAUGAAUUUGACCAAAGCUGGCUCUAUGAUGAAGAUUCUUUGGAGGAUAGCAGGGGCAUCAAUUUUUAAACUGAAACUGGUUUAUUUCGAAAAGAAGCUUGUUAUGAUGCAAAUGAUAGUGGCCUGAAACCUCUUUAUCAGUGAGGAUAAUUUAGUUGAUAAAUCAUCAGAUGAAGGUGAUAUGACAUGAAAAUUCAACAUCUUACACAUGCCCAAUUGGUCCUCCAUGGGAAAUUUCAUGUCAUUGCCUUUUCUAAGGUGCAAGGCAAAAUCCUUUGUUGUUCAAAACAUAGUGAACUGUUUUCAGUCCUGUUUUUAUUCCUUGUACUGUAUUAUAGCAGAGCUACUUUUGGAAUAUAAGACAAACAUGGCAUACUCUGCAGUUUGUCCAAAAUUUGCCAAAAGAAGCAAGAAAAUGUGUAUUUCUGGUUUGUGCUCAAAUACUUGAGUUACUCUAGAACUGGCCCCCAAAUGGAAAAAUGUUUGCAAAAAUUGCUCUGCCUUGUAUAAACAUAUGUAUAUAGUAUAUAGUGAAUGCACUUCUGUUAUCCUGUUUUCUGACCAGGAUGUUAACUACUAUGUAAACUAAGAGAGGUUUGUCUCAUCACAAACCUUUUACUAAUUUAUAAAAAUGUAAAUAUUUUCAUUAAAAAUGCAAUAAAACACUAUUUCUAGUCAA